CUCGGGGAAGGAAGACGCAGAAGACAAACAAUUUAUCACGAUUUUCUCUCUUCUUCCGAAUUGUUGCGUAUGGGAAGUUAGAUGAUAGAGAGGAGUGUCAUAACGCAAGAUUAGGACCAAGACCUUUCAAAAAAGAAAUUGCACAUUGGAGGAUUGUGCAAAAGAAUAUGGUGUUGUCUUUAAAGAAGAUAAUGUGGAAGAGCUAAGAAAAUAAUUACAUUAGUACAGUGCAGCUUUAAUAUAAGCAAGGUUUUGCUUAUUCCAAUUUUUGAAAUGUUUUGAAAUGAAACCAUAAGUAAAUGGUUUUUGAAAACCUUUUUUGUAAAGUACUUUUGAAGCCAAAUGACAUUGGCUGUUGCAUAACUGUUUCUUUUCACAAUAGACAAGUUCUCAUCUUUUCUUGAAGACUCCUAAGGAUGGAGGCAAAGAUUGUAAGUGAUGGGCUAGAGCAAUUUCCAGAAUCACAAGCAUUACAAGUCAAUUCCUCUGAGAAUAUGUCAGAGCCAACAAGUAAUCACAGUACAGAAACGAUGACUGGUUAUUUUUCGGUUGAGGGGAACCGUUUCAGCUUCAGGUACCAGCAACCAUUGGAUGCCCCAAAUACCUCUGCAUCAUUGAGUUCUGCAUGUGACAGCCCUUGCCCUAGCAACAAUGCACACCAUCCCAGCAUUGUAAAGAGGGGAAAAGGAAGACCAAGAAAAAAUACAAGUAACAACCACAAGGUCUUGAAUACUUCCAAAGCAAUAAGGAAAAGAGGCCGGCCGAGGAAACAUAUUGUGCUGGAAAAAAAGAUAGGUAAAGAAGGUGGCCAGAUGCCAUGUGAUAGUGUUUCUGCAAACAGAAAGAGAAAGCUGGACGAAAAUGCUAAUACCCCCGACAGAAAGAGAAUCAAACUAAGUGAGUCUUCAGAAUUUGAUUGUCAUAUUGACCCGGAGAGCCAAGAGGCAGAUAUUGGCAUCUUCAUUGACACUGUUGGCUCACUUGAAACAAAAGAAACAUGUGAAAGCACAGAUUUAAGCAUGCCAUAUAUAGAUUUUAAAUGUGUAGGUGAAAAUUAUGUCAGUGAAGAUCAGAAAAUGAGAAUACAUUCACAAAAAGAUGGUUCUGCUUUAGAUCAGGAUUUUAUUCCCAUUUCAACAGAAGAUGAUACACCUUCAAACAAUAAUUGUAAUUUAAACGGGGGACAGGAAAUACUUUCUAUAAAUUCAGUUCAUCCAGAAGAUAUAGUGUAUGAUGUUUUGCCAUGGUUUCAAAUAGAUGACUUGAAGCCAGGCAUUGUCAUACCUGCAAGUAAGGGUGGUGGGAUUAUGUACGACCUCUUAUAUCAGUUUAAAAUUGAUGCAGGUCGUUUCCUAGAAGAGGCUACUGGUCUGAACAUACACGUCUUCACAGAAUGUUGCCCUACUCCAACAAAUAAGAUCCCUAUGGCACUUUUUAUGCAAAUGUCCAAUGGACAUCUUCUAAGAAUCAAAUGUCAGCAAUCUAAAUUAAAUCUAAGUCUACCCAUACCUGUCGACAGACAAAAUAUCUCCAGUGACCCAAUUUACUGCAGUACCCCAAGACCUCAUGUCCACAGUAUAGAUGCAAGACAAACAAAAUCAGGAAAGAAGAGAUGGCCAACAAGUGACAUUCAGGACCAGAGAAUCCUUGAGAGUCAGAAGGACUGGUUUGCUUUCCUACAGAGGAUGUGCUACAUUUACCCAGAAAUUACAGAUAAGAAAUGGCAACCCUAUGUGAAGUUGACAAGGUUAAUUACAUCUGAUGGACAUCAUAGUGAUUUUAAGGAUGAGGAUUUUACAGAAGAUAGUGGAGCUGACGGAAAUAAUAAAAACCCUCAGAAAAAGGCCAGAUUUGAUAAUGUGCAGUUGGAUAAGACGCCAAGAAAUCCAGGUUGCCAAACUCAUACCAGCAACAAUGGAAGGACAUACUCAUGCACAGAAGGCUGCCCACAACAUGUGCUAAUUCAUAGAGAGCUCUCCCCACCUUUAAGCUCUUGUUGUUACAACCCAGAGGUACGCAUCUUUCACAUUGUCAGGGUUCUGGAAACGCUCUGCAUGUCUGAUAUAAUGGUAAUAAUUUCAGUCUACAUGCAGAGGUGGGAAGCAGAAAGGUGUGCGAGCAAGAAGCUUCAUGACUUUCACACAGAGGAUGUCAUACCUCUUAGUAGUACGGAGAGCAAGGUUGAAAGUACUCACACACUGAAGGAGGGUGAGAUGUAG